AUGAGUCUUCCUGGCCGUGAUGAAUGGUUUCCACUAUCCUUCGAUCUGUUUGUCGUCGAGAGAGAGUGCUGCAUGGACUGGGAAGUUGUUUUGUCUUCUAUUCUGCAUUAUCUUCAACCAAACAGUCUUUAUCUAGCGUCUUAUUUGGGUCUUGAAAAAGCCGUCAGUAAGCUUAUUGUUGAGUAUGGGUUCGAUGUCAACAUCCCCACCACUGACGGCUCAGCACCACUUUACUUGGGUGUGCUUGCAAGUCAUACAGAAAUUGUGAAGCGUCUUCUGAAAAUCUCUGGCAUCAAUGUUAACAAGUCAAAUGACGAUGGCUUUACGCCUUUUCUAGCUGCUAUAUAUGAGCACUACCCCGAAACUAUCAAGCUUCUGAUCAACGCCAAUGAUAUCGACGUGAACAAGUUGAAUAACAGCGGAUUUACGCCUCUUUCGCUAGCUAUCUCAAUGGGCUACACAGAGGCUGUUGGGCUACUUCUACACUCUCCCAAUCUCGAUGGGAAGAUUGAAGUGGCGAAUAGCAAAUUUCAGUCGGGGCUUUUAAUGGCUAUAUCAAAGGGCUGCACAGAGGUUGUUGAGCUACUUCUAAAAGCUCCUAGUCUUGAUAUUAGUAUAGGUUUUGAUGGGAGCCUCCCUUUGAUCAAUUCUAUAGCUUCAGGGCAUACUCAUAUCGUUGAGCUUCUCCUAAAAACUUGGGAUAUAGAUGCCAAUGAAAGGCAUGCGAAUGGUCGCACUGCUCUGGAAUGGGCCAUGUCACUGGACCAUGAAGCCUCCGAAGUGCUGAUCUCAUGUUCUGAUUCCAUUCGGGAUAAUAAGCACAGCGAAAAAAAUGCUGGGGAUGUUCAUAUCUCGGAUUUUACCACGCACAACGGCGAUUCAAAAAAUUGA